GUCUGAUUUAAAGUCUGUUCUUUUCACACAAUGCACAAAGCUGCUAUAGUCUGAGAAAUGCACAAGGAACAGGACAAAGAGAAUUAAACAGCAUUCCAGGAAGUGGUCCCUGCUUGACAAUGAAGACAUUUCAGAUGUUCUGUACUUGCCUUUUCCUUACUGAACUAUGGGAUAUCAUAUAUGCACAAAGCAACAUUAAAUGGGAAAUUCAGCGCUAUGAUGGCUGGUAUAAUAAUGUUGCUCAUCCCAGCAGAGGUUCCGCAGGAUCAAGACUCCUGCGUCUCCUACCAGCUGAAUACUCUGAUGGAGUUUAUCAGGCUAUGUCAGAACCACAGCUCCCUAAUCCCCGAAAAAUAAGUAAUUUGGCUAUGAAGGGUGACUCAGGAAUAUCAUCUAACCGGAACCGUACUGUGGUGGGAGUAUUUUUUGGAUACCAUAUAUUCUCUGAUAUCAUUGGCACUGAAAACGCUGGAUGUCCUUCAGAGUAUUUAAAUAUUGAAGUACCUGUUGGCGAUGAGAUUUUUGAUCCAGAUAGAACCGGUAAAGUAGUGCUUCCGUUUCAACGCAGCCAAUGGUGUAAACACAGUGGGAACAGUCCAAAUAAUCCAAGGCGUCAGAUAAACACUGCCACUUCAUGGAUUGAUGGGAGCUCUAUUUAUGGCACCUUUCAUUCAUGGAGUGAUGCCCUGAGAAGUUUUUCUGGAGGAAAACUGGCAUCUGGUUCAAAUCCCUUGUUUCCAAAAGAGUCAGAUGGCAGUAUUCGUAUGUGGAGAACACCAGAUCCUUCAACAGGUGAAAGAGGAACAUUGGGCAUUUAUGCAUUUGGUAAUAUUAGAGGAAAUGAGAAUCCAUUUCUACAAGCAGAGAGCAUUGUCUGGUUCAGAUAUCACAAUCACAUGGCAGAACAGUUUGCUGAGAAGCACCCCGUAUGGUCAGAUGAAGACAUAUUUCAUCAUGCUAGGAAAUGGGUAAUCGCUAUAUACCAGAAUAUUAUAAUGUAUGAAUGGCUCCCUAUGUUCCUCCAUAAACCUGUUUCAGCCUACCUUGGAUAUAAUCAGCAUGUUGACCCAAGUCUUUCCAAUGAGUUCCAGGUUGCUGUUCAGUUCAUGGCGACCCUAAUACCAUCAGGAAUUUAUACAAGAAAUAAAACAUGUCAUUAUCAUGAAGUGAUCAGCUCAGAUGGGGCCAAAUGGCCAGCUUACCGUUUUUGUAACAACUACUGGAAGAGAAAGAAAUCAAAUAUGCAGACAUCAGAGGACAUUGAUUCACUACUAUUUGGGAUGAUUUCUCAGAUUGCUGAAAAAGAAGAUAAUGUUGUUGUUGAAGAUGUACGAGAUUAUUGGUUUGGGCCUGUGAAAUAUUCAAGGACAGACUACAUUUCUUCCAGCAUUCAACGAGGACGGGAUUUAGGAUUGGGUUUUUUUAACCGUGCAAGGGAAUACUUUGGAUUACAUCCAAUCAGAAAUUGGACAGACAUUAAUCCCAACCUUUACCAAACAAAUAAACAGCUUUUUGAAGAUUUAGCAAUGCUGUAUAACAAUGAUAUUGAAAAGCUAGAGAUACUUCCUGGCGCAAUGUUGGAGAGUUCCGGAGACCCUGGGGAGCUCCUUACUGCAAUUAUACUUGAUCAAUUCCAGCGCUUAAGGGAUGGAGACAGAUUCUGGUUUGAAAAUGAAAAAAAUGGGUUAUUCACUUCCAAUGAAAUAUCACAAAUACGCAAUACAUCUUUCCAUGAUAUUAUUUUGGCUGUUACAUCUGCUGAUCCAGGAGACAUUCAGAGACAGGUGUUUACCUGGGUAAAUGGUGAUCCGUGUCCUCAGCCAGAACAAAUAUCAGCUGAAAAUCUUUCUGCAUGCGUUCCACUGACCGUGACUGACUAUUUUGAAGACAGUGUAACUGGAUACAGCAUUCUCUUUGUGGCUAUAUGUUCAUUUCCUUUAGUCAGCUAUUUCAUCGCCUGGAUUGUUGCUCAAUCAAGGAAAAAGGACUUUAAAAAAAUCCAGAAAAAAAAUGCAAUAUCCAGUGUGAAAAUGGUUUUAUCAGCAGAAGGAAUAGCAGCUCAAGAAUGGCAUGGACCAAAAGAACCAAUAUGUCCGGUCCUUAUCCAAAUUUACCCUCAGCAACUAAUCAAAGUACUGGAUAGCUGGUCCUCUGUAAUUCGUACCAUAACCUUGCAGAACUAUACAGACAUCACUGUUAUUCAAUCAAACAACCGUGGAUGCAGAACGUUGCUGGUAAAAGUCCCAAAGGAAUAUGAUUUGGUGUUAAUUUUUUAUUGCGAGGAAGAAUGCCAAAGUUUUAUCAAUCAGCUACAAGAGAAUGGCAUUAUUCUUAAAGAAUACAAAAUGAAAGAGCACAAUCUUUUUAAAGAAGCAGUAACAAAAAAGCAGAGAAGUCAGAUUCUGGAAACCUUUUUCCGUCAAUCUUUUGCUCAGGUUCUUCAAAUCAACCAGUCAGACAUAGAAAAUUUCACAGCCAAACGCUGUACUAAGGUGAUCGAAGCGCUAAAAUGUGAAUUAAGCAGAACUGAAUUUGCUGAAUCUUUAGGCCUGAAGCCUCAUUCCAUGUUUGUGGAGUCAAUGUUCUCUCUUGCAGAUGAAGAUGGGAAUGGAUAUUUAUCAUUCAGAGAGUUCUUAAACAUUUUAGUGAUUUUAAUGAAAGGUUCCCCGAAAGAGAAGUCUAGAUUGAUGUUCACUAUGUAUGAUAUUGAUGGAAAUGGUUUUCUUUCAAAGGAGGAGUUUUUCACAAUGCUGAAAUCUUUUAUCGAAAUAUCUAACAACUGCCUCUCAAAAGACCAGGCAGAACAAGUAAUAGAAAGUAUGUUCAAAGAGGCUGGAUUUGAAAAUAAAACAGAGUUGACAUGGGAAGAUUUCCAUUAUCUGCUCCGGGAUCAUGACAAGGAACUUCGUUUAUCACAGUUGCGUUUCAAAGGUAUGGAAGCUCCAGAAGUCUUCAAUCAGAUGUGUAGAAGAGUAUCUUUUAUAGACAGCAUGGAACCAGGACGGAAUAGAUUGGUGGAACCACGUUUAUAUACAGAAGCUAAAAAGGACAAAUACCAGAAAAGCAAAAUGCAUCAGAAAAUACAAGAGUUAAAGCGUUUUGUUGAAAAUUACAGACGCCAUAUUGUCUGUGCAAUUAUUUUUUAUGGAAUCUCUAUUGGCUUGUUCAUAGAAAGAGCUUACCAUUACAUCUUUGAGUCACAGCACACAGGUAUUGCUGAAGUAUCAUUGCCAGGUAUUGCUAUCUCAAGAGGCUCAGCCGCAAGCAUCUCAUUUAUGUAUUCAUACAUCCUGCUCACAAUGUGUCGCAAUCUCAUCACUUUUCUAAGGGAAACCUUCUUAAAUCAGUACAUCCCUUUUGAUGCUGCUGUGGACUUCCACAGACUUGUAGCCAAAACAGCACUUAUACUCACAGUUCUUCACAGUUUGGGGCAUGCAGUCAACAUAUAUAUGUUCUCCAUAACUCCAUUGAGUACACUUGCGUGUCUAUUUCCUAAAGUAUUUAUGGAUGAUGGGUCUGAUCUGCCACAGAAGUAUUAUUGGUGGUUUUUCCAGACCAUACCAGGGUUCACUGGUGUGAUACUUCUGGCUGUCCUUGCUUUGAUGUAUGUUUUCUCUUCCCGACAUUUCCGUCGCAUCAGUUUUCGGGGAUUUUGGCUGACCCAUCAUUUAUAUAUAUUGUUAUACAUUUUGACUAUACUGCACGGAAGUUUUGGACUUCUACAAGAGCCAAAAUUUUAUGCCUACUUCAUAGUUCCAGCGAUUGUGUUUGUUGGGGACAGUCUUAUUAGCCUGAACAGAAAGAAACGAGAGAUCAGUGUAAUAAAAGCUGAACUUCUGCCAUCAGAUGUCACGUGCCUCCGGUUUCAACGCCCUUUGGAUUUUGAGUACAAAUCAGGACAGUGGGUGAGAAUUGCCUGCUUGGCUCUAGGAACCAAUGAAUACCAUCCAUUCACGUUAACCUCCGCUCCUCACGAGGAAACCCUAAGUUUACACAUUAGAGCUGCAGGACCAUGGACUACUCGCUUACGUGAGCUCUACUCUCCACAGAGUGUCACUGAACUCAAUGGCUAUCCAAUGAUAUACCUUGAUGGACCCUUUGGAGAAGGCCACCAGGAAUGGAACAAGUAUGAAGUUUCAGUUCUUGUUGGAGGAGGAAUUGGAGUCACUCCUUUUGCAUCAAUUCUUAAAGAUUUGGUGUUCAAAUCAUCUAUCAAGUCUAAAAUGAUGUGCAAAAAGGUGUAUUUUAUAUGGGUAACUCGCACACAGAGGCAGUUUGAGUGGCUGGCAGACAUCAUCCGAGAGGUGGAGGAGAAUGAUAAACAUGAUCUGGUGUCUGUUCAUAUUUACAUCACACAACUUGCUGAAAAGUUUGACCUUCGUACCACCAUGCUGUAUAUAUGUGAACGACAUUUCCAGAAAGUCUUAAAUCGCAGUUUAUUCACUGGUUUACGAUCCAUCACCCACUUUGGAAGGCCGCAAUUUGAACAAUUUUUCAUUUCUCUGCAAGAAGUUCAUCCAGAGGUUCACAAAAUUGGAAUUUUCAGCUGUGGUCCACCGGGAAUGACAAAAAAUGUGGAUAAAGCUUGCCAGCUGCUCAAUAAGAGGGACCAGACCCAUUUUUCUCAUCAUUUUGAGAAUUUCUAACAAAAUAUUAUAUGCUAAAGGGACCCUGCAAAUAAAGUUGGUAAUCAUU